GCCUAGUUUUCAGCAGUCAAGAAACGUAUGGCGUGUUGUAGAAAUGUCAAUGGAGGCUCGUUCUAGUUCAGCUCUUUUUAAAAGAGCUGAACAAUUAAGACGUUGGGAAGAAUCGGAUACAAAUCGUGAAUCUACCGUUGUUACUGAAAAGUCCAAAAGGAUUAAAUUUUCUUCUGACUGUGUGUUUUUAGCAGCGUGUGCAGCUGGAGACAAGGAAGAAGUUUUACGUUUGUUGGAUACUGGAGCAGUUAUCGACACAGUAAAUGUUGAUGGAUUAUCAGCUUUACAUCAAGCUUGCAUCGAUGACAAUCUAGACAUGGUGGAGUUCCUGGUGAAGCAUGGGGCAGAUGUCAACAAGGGAGACAAUGAGGGUUGGACUCCCUUGCAUGCUACUGCAUCCUGUGGCUUCAUCAGCAUAGCUAAGUUCCUGAUAGAACAUGGAGCCAACGUAGCCUCCGUGAACAAUGAUGGAGAGCUGCCUGUCGACAUUGCUGAGUCAGACGAAAUGGAGGAUAUGCUGCAGCAGCACAUAGAUGACCAAGGUAUAGACUGUGAUGAAGCUCGUAACGAGGAAGAGAGGAUGAUGUUGAAGGAUGCUAGAGAGUGGCUGAUGACAGGGGAGGUCAGGGAGACACCUCACACCAAGACUGGGGCCACUGCUCUUCAUGUUGCAGCUGCCAAGGGAUAUAUUAAAGUCAUGGAACUACUGUUACAAGCUCGAGCGGACGUAGACUCACAGGAUGUAGACGGUUGGACACCGCUGCAUGCCGCCGCACAUUGGGGGCAGAAGGAAGCUUGUGAAUUGCUUGUUGAACAUUACUGUGAUAUGGACAUGAAGAAUGUUGUGGGCCAGACAGCGUUAGAUGUGGCAGACUCGGAGAUGGUUAGGGUACUGGAGGAGCUUCGUAAGAAGCAGUCGACGUUGCAGAGGGAUAAGAACGAUAUCAUCAUCAACAGGAGGCACAACCAAAGGAUAUUGGAAGUUGCCAAGGAGAAGGAGCGACAGCUGAGUGAGGAGAACUCUGGCCCAGACCUAGUGCCUCAAGUGCAGUUGCAGAUCCAGCCGGAGAACACAGAAGACAGCCGCGUCGCGUCAGAAGAUGAAGAUAGUGAUGAUGAUUCCUCUGAUUCACUGGAUAGCUCUAUCGAUGAUGAUGAUGAUGAUGAUGAUGAUUCGUUGAGUUAUGAUAUUGUCUAUGAGGAGGAGAAGAACAACCGUGUGAACAGAGACGAACAAAUAAGGCUACCAGAAGCCAACAAACAAGUUCCUAUUGGCCCUGCCCCUAGCUCACUUCCUGCCGAAAACGAGGACUCAGUCACACCUUCCUGGCGGCGCCCUGGCUCCUUCCGCAACUCUAAGGACAAGAAUCUUACACUCAGGAUAGGAGAGAAUGAACCACCAGAGAAGAUAACAUCACCUACAGGUACUCCCAGCCGGAAUCUGUCUGAGUCAGAGAAAGACAAGGAGAUUGGGCUUCGCAGGACGCAGAGCUUCGAGGCAGAUGAAAAGUUCUACCGACGAUACCUGGAGCUGAGGGCCAAGAUCAACGCUGGCACCUCCUGUCCCACCCUUCACACCCCUCGCACCCCCACCCGCUCUGCUUCACUCAAGGAGAAGUGUUUUCCGAGGAGAGGUCUUGUGCGAGAAGAUACACGGUUAGUAACACCACCUCUGCCACCCAGUACAAGUACUGCAGUUGUGACCACCACAACCAACUCUGUUACCACCAACACCCCAACAACCCCUACGCCACCUAGUCCUCAGCAUGCCACUAUCCGCAGUGGUGUGAUGGCCAUGAUCACGGGAAGUCCAGCUCAGACACCCUCCACCCCUACAACUCCCGGUGGAAGUAAAUUAAGUCCAGGCAACAUCUUUAAGAAUUUCUUCAAAUCGUUUGUUCCACCAGUACGUGACGAGGAGAGUGAAACGCAACGCAAAGCCCACGCCAAGCGAGUGAGGGAGACACGACGUAGCACGCAAGGUGUCACACUGGAGGAGAUUAAGUCCGCGGAGCAGUUGGUCAAGAAGAAGCAGCAGCAGCAGCUGCAGCAAGCUACACAACAACUCAGCAGUAGUGAUCAGUCACCCGACAGUGAGGAGGUGCCGCAGGUAUCGGCCACCAUCACCACUGCAGACACCACAGUAACUGUGGUCCCCUCGAAUGACCGACGGCCUUCCUGGCGACUCAGAGUUGACAACGGAAGCAAGUUCAUGUUGGAGGACGUGCGAGGGGAGCCUAACCGGCAGUCAGCCCCCGCUCUGGAGACGGCCCUUAGGCGACCAGCGCCCUCGCCAGCUCCUCCACGUCCUGCGUCCGCGCCUGACCCGACUGAGGCCUCAGUCACUCUACCUCUCCGCCGCCUGUCACGACCUGCCUCCGAUGACAAAGAACAAGACAAGGAGAAUGACAUCAGGAAUGCACAAGCAACACAAGCUGUGAUACAGCGGCGGCGGCGGCCCAAAAGAAGGUCCACUGGUGUUGUACAUGUUGACAUGGAUGAGAUUGACCCAGAGAGACAAGAUAUGACUGGGGGAGGUGGAGGGGAUGGAGAGGAGGUGCACAUCAACAGUACGGAGAGUGCGGGAGACAAGUCGGGCAGAUCAUCCAGGCUCAGCUCAUCUACGGAUGGUGAAGCGACCGCCAACGGUGAAAUAGAUUAUAAGAAGCUUUAUGAAGAAUCUCUUGUUGAAAACGAAAGGUUGCGAGAGAAGUUGAGGAAAACAGAAGAAGAUCUCAAAGAAUCCAAAGCACAAACUGAUAAGAAUUUGUCGCCAGGCAAAAACUCUAUGUCAGAAUUGGAGAAGCGGGAGAGGCGAGCCAUGGAGAGGAAGCUCUCCGAGAUGGAGGAAGAGCUCAAACAGUUACAAAAGCUCAAAGCAGAAAAUGAAAGAUUGCGAGCGGAAAACCGAGCUCUGACUCGAGUAGUUUCCAAACUGACAGCCUCUGCGAAUGCUGGCAAAUAGCAAGUAGAAAAGCUAAAAUGUGAGAACCAAAAGUUGAGGGACGAGAACGGAGCAUUGAUCAGGGUCAUCAGCAAACUGUCCAAGUGAUACCAACGCAAUGGUUACUUUGUGUUAUAUUUAUUUAUUAUAGUUUAAAAUUAUCAUUAUUGAUGUUAAUAGCGAUAUUUGGUUGGAGCCUGCUCACAGCCGUUACCAAACGUUGUAUAUAGUUUCCUAUGAGAUUUUAGUACGUACAUUUAUAUAUAUAUAUACCUUUUUAUUAUUCUUUUUCGAUAAACUUUUGUAUAAGGCCAGUGUCUAUCCUAGUGUCUUAACACCAGUCUGAUUGGAGAAACUGCUAAUUUUAUUAUUAUAUUUUAUCAUUUAACUUUUAUAUUAUAUACAUUAAGAACAACUCUGAAACUCUGUUGAUAUUAUCGUCACCAUGGUAUUUUAUUGUAAAAAUCUACCAUAUUUUAUAAAAGUCAAAUGCCACUUUAAGGUUUAUGGUUUUCUUAACUUAGCUGAUGAUGUAUCGCAUUUUAAAUGCAUUUACUAUAACACAUUAUUGCUAUUAAAUAUUGCACUGUAAAGUUAGAGAGAGAGGGGCAACAUCAUUCCCAUGGCCUCCGUAGAUCUAGAAAUUAAUUUAAAUAAAUUUAAGAUUAUUCAAGAAAUUUUGAAUUUACUUAUAAAAAGUAGUAGUUUGUUGUUCAAGCAUGUAUUUCCCUCUACUCAAGUUGUAAACAAAGUAAGAUUAAAAUAAUGACAAAUUUAUGUCCAAGACUUGAAAGCUAUGUUUAGUAGAUUUUAUCAUCUGAACUUAAUGCAAAAUUUUCCAAAUACUGCUAUAUAUCUUAAGAUACAACAAGCCCAUUGUAGUACAUAACUCUACAUAACUUAUAAUCCACAACGUUACAUUAUUUUGGCCAUGGUUUAUCUGGAGGAGGAGGAAACAAGAAACUCAAACAUUGCACCCACGACUGCUUUAACAACAAGCUUUUGUACAUGCUUCUUUGUUUCAUUUGUAAUCUUGUAUAACUAAACAGUCACAGAACCGUGGGCACAAUUGACACACUCCAUUGUUAUUAUUGUUCCUACUCUGAAAAAAGUGAGAAAAUAAGAUAGACUUCCGAUUUAUGGAUUGCUUUUAACUUCCAUUAGAUAAGGCAAACAUGUAAGAUAAUUACUAUUAAAACCAACCUGUCCUCCCUUGUCUAAAAUUUACAAAAAGGCAACUGAGUACAAAAAUUAAAUUGAGUAUUAUAGAUAUUAUCAUAGGCAAAUCCAAAUCUGAUAUGUAAAGUAACGUAAAAGAGUAUCCAAGUGGCAAUACAUGAAUUCUUAGCUUAAAGGAAAUUACUCCCAAUGGUUGUAGUGGGCGUAGACAGUUUGUUUGAUUUUUGAAUUGACUAUUUAAACACUUGAUAAUUAAAUAUAUAUAUAUAUAUAUAUAUAUAUAUAUAUAUAUAUAUAAAACAUUUAAAAUGAAAAUUGUGUAUAUUUGUUGGGAGUAAUAUUAUAUGGCCUUGACAGCCAAUGUUUCUUGGAAGAAUAGAAAUAACCAUUCAAGUAAUCAUGUGUGUCUUUCAUAAGCGUAUACCAGAUUACCACUUUAUUUAAUUUUAAAAUCUGAAUUAAGCAUUAAAAUUACAAAACAAUAUUGUUCUUAAUAAUCAACUUGUACGCCUUUUAAUAUUUUGGGAAUUUUGUAACCAAACUUGAUGAGAUUAAAAUAUAUUCCUUGUUUCACAUCACUUUUUAAAUCUUUAUCUAACUUUUCAUUAUUCUCAGAAUAUUUAAUCUUAUAAGAGAUUUUAGAUUAGGUAUCUUUCAAACAGUUCAACUUAAUAUUUUUAUAAAUGGUAUUUGUCUUACCAAAUCACUAGUAAAACUAAGUUAACACGUUUUUGUAUACAGCAAUAUAUAUUUUUCAGUUUCAAAUCUAUUGUUUUACUCAGUUUUCUUUAUAAUAAAUAAAUAUAUUAAACAUAAAUUACAUUUUUAUUUAUAACAACUAAAUAGCUUACAAUCUUCAAAGGAAAACAUAAACUAAUGAGUAAAAUAAUAAGUAUCCUUCAUACGGUCAAAUUAAAUUUUAAUAAACUUAAUACAUACAGAUGUUUUACUAUUCACCUCUACAUCACAUUAUUUAUUGUUAAUAUCCAUAAGCAUGUAUGUACACUAAUUAUUCAACUCUAGUAGUCAGCUUUGAAAAAUUAUAUAAAAAUGUUUUACCAUAGUUUAAGUGUCAGAUAGUUUUAUUAAAAUUUUGUACUUAAUUAAUUGUAAAGUGUUUGAAAACAGACUACAUCACUGUAUAUUAUUAUCAUAUUAUAUUUACAAUCAUAAUUGAUAAAAAACGAACAAUUGUAAUAUAAUAUUUUCUUGCUCCAUAUAAGUAUUUUCAGUUAGAAUUGCCUAUAUGGGCAAACACACACCAAACUUCAAAAUUGUUUGAUUUUAACAGUUUGUAUACUUUUCUAAAUCUAUUCUAUGCUAUUUUAUUCUAUUAAUUGACUUUUUUUUAGAUUUAAGUUUUCAAUUGACUUGUGUAAAUAAAGAUGUUAUUGGUAUGUUGACAAAUAUUAUUAAAAGUGGUUAAAUAUAUAUUAAAUGAUCAGUAUUUGUGGUUUUUUUAUAAGAAAUCUAGCAGGACUUGACUGACCAAUAUUUUUGGUAUUUCAUAAUAUCACUGGUUUUACACAUAUCUCUGUACUUUAUUUAUUUAACAUUAUAAAUACAUAUAUUUUAUAUUUGAAAUUUAUACAGUUAUCGAGAAGAAAUAGUUAUAACUGAGAUUACUUUUUGUUUAAAGGCUUUUGUGUGUAUUUGUAUCCUCUAGGUCCAAAGUAAAUGUUUUAUUUUCUAGUCCUUAGGUUUUAUACCUAUUCGAAUGUAGAUAGUCGCUCUCAUUAUAGAUUAUGUUGGGUUAUUUGGGGAUUAAUUUUGUACUUGCGAAAACUGGUUAUGACUUAGUGCAAUACUCAUCAAAUUUAUUCAAUCCAUUCAAGUAUUUAUUGCAAAAAGCACUCGUUAGAUAUUUCACACUUUUUAUAAUAGAUAUAUUGGCAAACAACAGUUUGUACAAAGCAGUAGUUGUUAUAGUAUUAUUAGUUGAGAUUGUUUAAUGUUCAUUGUAAUUCUGUAAAAAACCAUCCAAUCGUUUUUGUUGUUUUCAUGUCUAUAAUUAAUUUGUGAUUAAAACGACGUGCCUUUUGCUUUUUAUUAGUUGAAAACUAUUUGUCUAUAUUGUAUAGCAUAUCUUAAAAUUAAAGAAUUUUAAUAAA